UGUAUAUAGGGUUUCAGAUCGAUUUUGGUUUCAAUCGGAAGCGGAUCUUCUCUUUUUUUCUUACACGGAUUGAAAUCCCAUAUUGGUUUCAAUCGGUUCUAAUUGAUUUGUUUGAUCUUGUUGAAUCGAUAUGUUCAUUUUAAGGGAGUAUUCUUGGGGUUCAUUUACUCGGUUGUAUAUAUGCGAGUAUUUUUGCGAAUGUAAUAAGUAAUCGGUUCUAAUUGAUUUAAGUGUGUUCUUCACUUCUUUCAGGUUAAAGAAAAUGGGACAAGAUUACAGCUACAGCCAGCCCUCUUCAUCAUCAGACUCUCUGGACAUAACCUCCCUUCUUGAAGCCGAAGCUCAGAUUUAUGCGGAUGAAACUGACAGUAGCAACCGCAAUGCAAUGCCGGUUCAGUACCCACGUCAACCAGAGGCUGAUGAUGGAAUCCCCACGACAUGCUACUGUGGAGCUCAGCCUGUUUUCGGUUGCUCUUACACUCCUAAAGACCCAUACAUAAGGUACUUUACAUGCGAUAAUGCUGAUGAUGGAGACUGCCACAUUUGGAAAUGGUGGGAAGUGGCAGUCAUGGAGGAGAUGAGGGAGUUUCAGAGGCAACUUAGUGAUCUUAAGAAGACGGUAGAUGAGAGUGAGCAGAAGCACCUUAACCUUGAGAAGACGGUACAUUUAAUAUUUUUUUAUUCAUAAGGACUCCAAACUGAGACUCACCAUUGGAAUAAACUUUUGGAUUAGGAUCCUUAACUAUUCAAAAAAAAUAUAAUAGUUUUAUAUGGCUAAGGACCCCGUGGUGAGUCUCACCAUUGCGGGUGCUCUAAUGUGAAUGAUCCUGAAUGGCUACUAGUUGCUGAAGCAUCAAUCACCUCAUAUUGCUUAACUUGGCUCAUCUGUAUUUUAGAUAGGAAAUUGACAGACUUUCAUUACACAAACUAAAAACACCAGAUUUAGAAAGCCAAUAUCUACGUUACUGAUGAAUAUCUUUCCUUACGUGAGGAUAUGAUAUAAUCGGCAAUCGAUAUUCGAUAGGUGUGGGGGAGAUUAGCUGAGUGUCAUAAAU